GAGCAGCCAGAGACAGUCUGUCCCUAGUCUCUACAUACAAUGACAGUGAGGCCAGUGCAGCACUUUGAGGAACUGGACAAACUUGUAUGACGGAUCGCAGCAGUUGUACAUCGUCUUCAGACUGAUCUGCCGGCAUUAUGGCCAAUUUCCUGCAUCUUCUGGCCUGUGCCUUUGGCCUGGGAUCCUGGGUGGCAGUCAACGGCCUGUGGGUGGAGCUUCCCCUCAUCGUCAACGCUCUGCCUGAAGGUUGGGAGCUCCCCUCCUUCCUCACAGUCAUCAUCCAGCUGGCCAACCUGGGACCUCUGCUGGUCACCAUCAUGCACAAACUGUGCCCGGGUCGUCUUAACGAGCGUGCCGUCAUUUACUCCAUCCUCUCCAUCGGAAUCAUCUCUUGCAUCCUGCUCAUCUUCUUUUGGGACAAAACAACUGUUGUGGCAGGGGCGCCGCACAGCACUGCCUUCUUCAUCAUCACCUUUUUCCUCUCUCUGGUGGACUGCACAUCCUCGGUGACUUUCCUACCUUUUAUGAUGCAGCUUCCACCUAAAUACAUUACUACUUAUUUUAUUGGAGAAGGGUUGAGUGGUUUUAUACCUGGUGUAAUUGCUUUGGCCCAAGGUGUGGGUAUGGCAAAGUGCGUAAACACCUCUCAGACUGUAGGAAACCACACAGAGGAGGAAGUGUGGUCCAUGCAAACAGAGUAUCUUCCUCCAAACUUUUCCACAGAGGUGUUUUUCUCCUUCCUGGCAGCAAUGAUGUGCAUCAGCUUGGUGGCUUUUCUUGGACUAAACAGACUUCCUCGGACAUUCGAGCUGUCAACAGAAAACCUUGUGCCCGACACAGUUGGUUCAGUCAGCUCUGGUUUGGAGAACCCAGUAGCAGAGACUGAUGGAGAGGAAAGGAAACCUCAGAGGGAAGAGGGUGAAAAGGCUGAACGGCAUCACUCCACGUACCAGCUGGUCUACAUCUACUUUCUUGUGGUUUGGGUCAAUGCUUCAACCAACGGACUGCUGCCCUCAGUCCAGACUUAUUCCUGUAUGCCGUAUGGGAAUCUCGCCUAUCACCUCUCUGCAGCCCUGGCCUCAGUGGCCAACCCAGUGGCCUGCACCAUUGCAAUGUUCUUCCAAAACAGGUCUCUGAUAUUUCUUGGCAUGCUGACUGUGUUGGGGACAGGCUUUGGCAGCUAUAACAUGGCUAUGGCAGCUAUGAGUCCUUGUCCUUUGCUUCAUGGGUCUGCAGCAGGAGAGGCGAUCAUUGUAAUCUCAUGGCUCUUGUUUACUGGGACUCUGUCUUACGUGAAAGUGAUGGUUGGGGUUAUCCUGAGAGAUCGGAGCCACAGCGCCCUGGUCUGGUGUGGAGCCGCGGCACAGAUGGGUUCACUGGUCGGCUCCGUCACCAUGUUCCCCUUAGUGAAUGUUUACCAGCUCUUCAAGUCAGGAGAUGUCUGUAACACUCAGUGUCCUUCGUGACAGUGGGUCUAGACUCUCAGCUAAAGAUGAUUUGUGCUUUGGGAUGUUUGUUUAUUUAAUUAUUUUUCCAGCAACAAAAUAAAACAAUUG